UCUCCCAGCAGAAACUCUGCUCUCCUCCACCAGCAGCAAAGCUCAGCCCUGCUCACUCUUACAAGCCUGGGAAUCAAUUAAGUAUGGUGCCACAUGAGGUGCCAGCAUGCACUGAAGGGAUCGUACUAUCGAGAGCACUGUGAAGAAAUUAACUUGAAAGAAGCAUUUUCAGGAGAGUUGGCUAACAAGAGUUGCAGAUCCAUGAGGAUCCAUUGAGGACAUCAUGAGUGUCACCAGAGUGACUGAAGGAUUGCUGGCAGUCCUAGCUGUAUUUCUGCAUGCAGCCAUCUGCAAUGGGAGUACACAAAAAGGCUAUUCACCUUUGAGCUUCACGCAUCACCUUUACAAUGCUACAAUAUAUGAGAAUACUGCCCCUAAGACCUACAUUGAGAGUAGCAUCAAAAUGGGCAUCUACAUUACAGAUCCUCUCUGGAGCAUAAAAUACAAACUGAUCUCUGGGGACGAUGACAGCCUGUUCAAGAUUGAGGAUUACACAGUCGGAGAUUUCUCCUUUCUGAGGAUAAGGACUCGGAGUGGAAAUACAGCCUCACUGAACAGGGAGGUGAGGGACAGCUAUACGCUGACCAUUCAGAGCAGUGAGAGCACCUACGAGUAUGAAGCCAGGACUAAGGUUGUGAUUCGUGUAUUGGAUGCUAAUGACCUGAAACCCCUUUUCUCCCCUGCCUCGUACAGUGUCACUGUUAGGGAAGACACUCCCUUGAAAUCCAGUGUGGUGAAGGUUAGUGCCACUGAUGCUGAUUUGGGCAGCAAUGCUCAGUUCUACUAUUCCUUUACUAGAAGAUCCCAGACGUUUGUCGUGAAUCCUUCAACUGGAGAAAUUGCACUCUCAAAAAUACUCAAUCACACACAAGCCUCGAAAUACGAGCUGGUGGUUCUCGCUGAAGACCGAGUAAAGAAAAUAGCUGGGAUCCGUGGAUACGGGAAUGUUGCCAGGGUUGUAGUCAACGUAGAAAAGGUUACCCCACUGCCACCAGUCAUUAAAUCAGUUGAAGUCGCAACACCUGGAGAGCAUAGGGACCUUUUGUAUGCCACUGUCGUAAUCGAGGCAGGUAGGCAAGGACUGCAAGUUGAAUCCGUGGACAUUGUAGCUGGAGAUCCAUUAAAUCACUUCAAAGUCAUGUCAUCUCCUCUGCAAAGUCAAGUCUACCAAGUGGUCACGGCCAAAAAGGUCAACUGGCUGAGCUACCCCUUUGGUUUUAAUCUUUCUCUUCAAGCUAAAGACAAAAGCAACCCACCUUUAUUUUCUCUCAUAAAAAACAUCCACAUACCUUCUCCAAAGUCAGCAGUCUUGAAGUUUGAGAAAGACGUCUACCAUGUAAUGUUAAGUGAGUUUUCUCCUCCUAUGAGCCCUGUUGUACAAAUUAAGGUGAUGCCAAACCAUGCAAACACAAGCUAUCGUCUUGCUUCUAACCAGGACAAUUCCAAAUUUAAGAUCAACCCCCGAAGUGGCCUGAUCGUGACCACAGAGAAUAUGGAUUACGAAAAGAAGUCUCGAUUUGAAUUAGAUGUGAUGACCGCCCACGGGGAGGCCAAAGCCAAAGUGGUUGUUGAUAUCAUUGACGAAAAUGAUAACGCUCCAAAAUUCAGCCAAUCCUCCUAUAAGGGAACAGUCUCUGAGAAUGAACCCAUUGGCACUAGUAUAUUGAGAGUCACUGCUGUAGACAGUGACAGAGGGGAAAAUGGCUUUAUAACCUAUGCCAUUGCCAAUAGAGGUCCCCUGCCGUUCACAAUUCACCCAUUUACAGGAGUCAUCUCCACCUCCGAAAAACUAGAUUACGAAAUGAUGCAAAGGUGGUACCAUCUUCGUAUCUGGGCGUCAGACAGUGGCAUACCUUUCAGCCAUGUGACUGAAUCAUCAGUUUCCAUUAUCAUGAACAACGUAAAUGACAAUAUCCCGAUGUUUGAGAAGGUGGGAUGCAAUGUCACCAUCCCACAAAGCCUAUCUCCUGGUGAUCGCUUCGGCAUUAUGUCUGCGGUUGAUUUAGAUGAGCUGCAGCAAGUGAGAUAUGAGAUUGUGUCUGGCAAUGAACUUGGGCUGUUUGAGCUUAAUUCAGUCUCUGGGAUGCUCCUGCUGAAGAAAAGCAUCCCGUUGGCUUACCCUGCUGAUGUGAUGCCCUUGUAUAUCCUUAAAAUAACUGCUACUGAUGGAGAGAACUAUGCUCAGCCAACAGACAUUAACAUCACUGUCAUUGACAAUGGUGAGCCAGCCAGCAUGUACUGUGAGGAUACUGGGGUUUUCAAAAGGCUGGCUGAAAAGCUCAUUCAGUCCAUCAAGCCCAAAUUGCCUUUGCAAGAGGAGGAUACCUUUUCAGACAUCCACAUUAUUAACCAUCAUUCCCCAAAGUUUGAUGCAGCGCUCCCAAGAUCUCUUGACAUUAAAGAAGACACUGCUGUUAAUUCAACAAUUCUGCAGUUUAAAGCUUCAGACCAAGACACUGGAUUUAAUGGGAAGCUGGUGUAUGUCAUCUUUGAUGGGAGUGAAGAUGGCGCUUUCACUGUUGACAUGGAUACUGGUGACCUUAAGGUCCACUCCCCUUUAGACAGGGAAACUACAGGUUUCUACAUUCUUAAUAUCACUGUCUAUGAUUUAGGGACACCUCAGAAGUCAUCUUGGAAGCUCUUAGCUGUGAAUAUAAUAGACGCCAAUGACAACCCACCAAGGUUCGAUCAAUCCAGUUAUUUCUUAACCGUACCAGAAGAUGCAGUGGUGGAAACAAGCAUCUUUCAGGUCAAAGCUACCGAUAUUGACUUGGAAGAUAAUGGAAGAGUACAAUAUUCCCUCUUAACAGCCACAGAUAGAUUUUCAAUCAAUGAGCUAACAGGGGUAGUAAGGAUAACUAGAUCACUGGACAGAGAGACCUGCCCAACAUAUAAGCUAAAGAUUGAGGCCAGGGAUCAGGCCAGUGUAGAUCCUCAGCUGUUCUCAACUGCAGACCUCCUGGUAACUGUGCAAGACGUCAAUGAUAAUCCUCCUAGCUUUGUUCCAAAGAUCUACAAGAUACAGGUUCCUGAGGAUUUGCCAAUAGGAACUGUGGUUUUAUGGGUGGAAGGUAUUGACCCAGAUCUUGGUCCAGCAGGAGAGAUUAUUUACAAUUUGGUGAACAAUGAGAACAGAGCAUUUCAGCUGGAGACCGCCACAGGAGCUCUCAGCGUGGAGAAGGAGCUGGACUUUGAGCAGAAGCCCUUUUACAAUCUUACAGUCCGCGCAGUGGACCACGGAAGGCCACAAGCUCUAUCUUCAUCCUGCUAUGUUGAGGUGGAAGUCUUGGAUGUGAAUGAGAACCUGCACACACCACGCUUCUCUUCAUUCGUCUUUAAAGGACCAGUAAUUGAAGAUGCUUCUGUUGGAACUUCUGUGAUUGCCCUGACUGCCUUGGAUGAGGAUUCUGGGAGAGAUGGGGAGGUGCAGUACUUCAUUAAAGAUGGCAGUGGGCUAGGAGUCUUCAGCAUAGAGGCGGAAACAGGGAUAAUCCGGACUGCUGACACCUUGGACCGGGAGUCCACCCCUCACUAUUGGCUUACGGUUUAUGCGACAGACCUGGGUUCUGUGCCUCUGGUCUCCUGGACUGAGGUUUUUAUUGAAGUAAUAGACGUCAACGAUAACUCUCCAGUGCUAUCCUUGCCUGUUUACUAUGCCUCCGUCCUGGAGAACUCUCCCAAGGACAUGUCCAUUCUGAGAGUUGAGGCCAGCGACCCCGAUUUCAGUUCUGAGGGAAAACUUUCUUUUCGCAUCACAGAUACCCAGCGUGCGUUUUUCACAAUAAACCCCAAGACAGGUGUGAUCAGCAGCACGGCACUCCUGCUGGAUCGGGAAGAGCGAGAAGAGCACAUCCUGGAGGUUGUAGUGGAUGACAAUGGAAGGCCUCCAUUGCAGUCGACUGCCACUGUUGUCAUCCAGGUGCUGGAUGUGAAUGAUCAGACCCCCCGCUUCACCCACAAGCUCUUCACCGUGAGGCUGCCAGAGCGCCAUGGAGUCACGGAGCCAGAAGCGCUGUACAGGAUGAUCGCUCAAGACCAGGACCAGGGUUCGAAUGCUGAGAUCACCUACAGCCUGGUGGAAGACAGCGAGAAAACAAAAUUCACAAUCCACCCUAGCUCUGGCACAGUGUGGUCCAGGAGCGAUUUCUCACCCGGGGAAUACAACAUCCUAACGAUAAAAGCCACUGAUGGUGGAAGCCCAGCCAAGUCCUCAACCGCCCGGCUUCAUAUCGAAUGGGUUCCUAAGCCAGCCCCUUCCUCAGAGCCACUGGCUUUUGAUGAGCCCCAUUUUAACUUUGCUGUGAUGGAAACAGACCCUGUGACUCACAUGGUGGGGAUAAUCAGCACAGAUAUCUCACAGAGCCUGCUCUGGUUCGAUAUUACAGGUGGUGACAGCGAGCAGGAGUUUGACAUUGAGAAAAACAGCGGGAGCAUUGUUAUUGCCAGACCCCUGAAUGCAGGAAGGAGGUCAAACUACAAUCUGACUGUGAGAGCUACAGAUGGAACCAAAACUAUUGAAACCCAGGCGUAUAUUCGUGUAGUGGACAUCAAUGAGCACCGCCCCCAGUUCCUUGAGAGCCAAUACGAGGUGCGGGUUCCGGAAGACACGCCCGCUUGGAAGGAGAUCCUACAGGUGAUUGCGACAGAUGCGGAUGGGAGCAACAGGCUGGUCUACACCAUACACAGCAGUGUGGACCCAGCCAGCCUCAAGCACUUUCAACUGAAUCCCAGCAGUGGAACCCUGGUUACCACAGCAACACUGGACUAUGAGACCCUGUCUGUUCACACUCUUAUCGUGAUGGUGAGAGACCAGGAGGUCCCUGUUAAAAGGAACUUUGUGAAGGUUAUUGUGUACGUGGAAGACUGCAACGACCACCCUCCCAGCUUCAUGAGCUCCCGGUAUGAAAGGAGUGUGCUCAAUUUAGCUGCCAUUGGUACAGAAGUUGUACAAGUUACGGCUAUGGAUAAGGACAAAGGAAACAAUGCAGACAUGAUCUACACUUUUCACUCAGGAAAUACAGAGAGUGCUUUCAGCAUUGACCCAGAGUCUGGAAAAAUAACUGUAGCUAAACUACUAGAUCAACUCUCACAAGAACGUUACCACCUUACAGUGAAGGCAACCGACCAGGGGUUUCCUCAACUUAGUGACCUCACCACUGUUAACAUUCAGGUUAAACUCUCUGACUACACGCCUCCCAAGUUCUCAGUGAGGGAAUAUUUUGCAGAAAUUAGUGAAGCCGCCAAUGUUGGAUCACCCGUUAUCAUGCUCUCAGCCACCAGCCCUACAACAGUCAGUUACGAAAUUAAAGACGGAAACCCCAAUGGGACUUUUCAGGUCAACUACUAUUCCGGUGUGAUCACUGUCCAAAAACCUCUGGAUUUUGAGAAUGUCUUUUCUUAUCGGCUCCAUAUAAGAGCGGCCAACCUUGCAGGAUCCUUUGCAGAGGCUGUUGUUUUUGUGUACAUUAUUGAUGAGAAUGAUAACGCACCUGUUUUCCUCCAGUCUGAGUUUACAGGUCAAAUCACUGAGUCCGUUCACUUAAACAGCAUGGUGAUGGAUAAGAAAAACAUGCCUCUGGUCAUUAAAGCUACUGAUGCAGACAAGGAAUCUAAUGCUCUGCUGGUCUAUAAGAUCCUUGAACCAGAGGCACAAAAGUAUUUUAGAAUAGAACCCAGCAUGGGGACCCUUGCUACUGCAACCAGUCUUGACUUUGAAGUGAUUCCAGUGUUUCAUUUCACUGUGCAAGUUCAUGAUUCUGGGACACCCUCACUGUAUGCAGACAAACCGACGCGGGUCACCAUCCAUGUCCUUAAUGUUAACGACUGUCCUCCCAAAUUUGCAGAACACCUUUAUGAAUCAUCUGUCCAUCUACCCGCUUUCUUCGGAAUGGAAGUUGUAAAAGUAACAGCAGUAGAUGUUGAUUCAGAUGUGACUUACAGUAUCAAUGGAGGCAAUCUGCUCAGUGCCUUCAAAAUAAAUCCUACCACUGGCCUUGUCUCAAUAAACAACGCUUCCAACCUCAGACCAAACUAUCAGCUGACGGUCAAGGCUUCUGAUGGCUUGUACAAAGACACAGCCUUUGUUAAGAUUAAUUUCACUGAUAUCACAGCAAGCGGUCUUGGGUUUGAACAAAAAGCCUACACAACCUCUGUUUUGGAGAACAGCACAGAGAUUCAAACUUUAGCUGUAGUCAGAGCAUCAGGGAAUUAUCUGAAUGAACCCUUGUUUUACUCAGUAUUAAACCCAGCUGGUAGGUUCUGGAUAGUCCAGACUUCUGGAGUUCUACAGACAACAGGAAUUCCAUUUGACAGGGAGCAGAAAGAUUUGUAUGACGUGGUUGUUCAAGUGAGGGACACCAGAAGACCCCCAAGAGUAGCACACACCCAUGUGAAAGUAUACAUAGAGGACAUCAAUGACAACGCACCAGAAUUUGUGAAUUUACCUUACUCCAUGGCUGUCCAGGAUGAUGCAGAACCAGGUGACGUACUUUUCCAAGUCACAGCAGUCGACAAAGACCUAGGGAACAAUAAGGCAGUUGUUUAUUCGCUAGCUGAUGACUUUGCAUUCUUCAGGAUUGACCCUUACCUUGGGGAUGUAUCCCUUAGGAGGCCAUUUGACUUUGAGACCUUGAAUGCAUAUGAGCUUACAGUGAUAGCCACAGAUAAAGGUGAACCCCCACUGAUCUCUGAGGCAGAGCUUGUUAUAACUGUGCGGAACAAGUCUAAUCCAAUAUUCCAGAGUCUUCAUUAUGAUUUGAAAGUACCCGAAAAUAUCUCACCUUACACAACACUUUUGCACAUCCAGGCAAGGAAUCCAGAAGGGUUCCGAGUGAUCUACAAUCUGGUCGAAGAAAACGCAUCAAGAACCUUUAACAUAGACUUUAAGAGUGGCGUCCUCAGUGUCACAGACUUCUUGGACUAUGAGACUCAGACCCAGCAUAUCUUGACAGUAAGGGCUACAGAUGCCAUGACGGGAACCUUCUCAGAUGCCACAGUAGAGAUCGAAGUAGAAGAUAUCAAUGAUAACCCUCCACUGUUUCAGAAGAUGGUCUACACUGCUGAAGUAGUUGAAGGAUCGCCUAUUGGAACUUCAGUCUUACAGGUACACGCUUCAGAUAAAGACUCCGGAAGAAAUAAAGCUGUUACUUAUGAAAUAAACAGCUCGGAAUUCUUUGAUAUAGAUGCUGUUAGCGGUCAGAUUGUGACAACACAGGAGCUGGAUUAUGAGACCACCCACCAGUUCCAUUUGAAAGUCAAAGCCUUGGAUAACGGUGUGCCUCCAAUGACCAGUGAAGCUUUGGUUAUUGUGAAUGUUUCUGAUGUGAAUGAUAACCCUCCCGAAUUCACCCAGCCUCAGUACGAAGCUACACUCAGUGAAUUGGCUACAUGUGGCCAAAUUGUCAUCAAGGUCCAGGCCUCAGAUGCAGAUGCUGUAGAUGCCAACAACCUCGAGUACGUUAUAUUUUCCGGUAAUGACGACAGGCAUUUUGCCAUAAAUAAGACCUCUGGAAUAAUUUCAUUUUCCAAUGUGUGCAAGAGAAGCCUGGAUCCUUUCUACAACCUCACAGUCUCUGUUUCAGAUGGGGUGUUUAAGAAAUCUGCUCCGGUAAACAUAGACAUGAUGACUGCUAACAAGCACAGUCCAUACUUUGACCAAAGUAUAUAUGAGGCUGAGUUGGCUGAGAAUGCUGAGGUGGGGACCCAAGUUAUUAGGCUUGCUGCCAUAGACCCCGAUGCUGGGCCUUAUGGCAGUGUUGAUUACACAAUCAUCAACAUGCUUGCUGAAGAAAAGUUUUCAAUAGACAGCAAAGGUCAGAUAGUGACAUCUUACGCACUGGACAGGGAAAAUCCUACAGAGAGGGUCAUUGCAAUUAAGGUUAUGGCAAAGGAUGGAGGUGGGAAAGUAGCUUUUUGCACUGUUAAAAUUAUACUGACUGAUGAGAAUGACAACGCACCCCAGUUUAAAGCCUCAGAGUAUCAUGUCUCCAUUCAGUCAAAUGUAAGCAAGGGCUCCCCAGUCAUUCAGAUAAUGGCUUACGAUGCAGAUGAAGGCACAAAUGCAGAUGUCACUUACUUUGUUGAUGAAGCAGAGGAAGUUACGGAAGAGGUUAUUGAAAUCAAUCCUUUCACCGGGGUAGUUACUAUCAAGGAAAGUCUUGUCGGUCUAGAAAACAAGAUCUUUAAUUUCAAGGUGAAAGCUCGAGACGGGGGAUCUCCUCAUUAUAACACCAGCGUGCCAGUUCAAGUCCAGGUUGUCCCUUCAGAGGUUCCUCUGCCACGGUUCUCGGAGCCUUUGUAUACAUUCUCAGCAGCUGAAGAUCUCCCCACUGGCUCAGAGAUAGGGUCAGUGAGGGCUGAUGCUAAUGAGCCAGUAAUUUACAGCUUGGUGGAAGGGAACACUGUGGAAAGCAACAAAGAGAGGGUCUUUGCCCUGGACAAAGAAAGUGGAGCUCUACUGAUCCAGAAGAACAUUGACCAUGAGAAGACCAAGUGGUAUCAAAUUGAUGUGAUGGCCCACUGCAACCAUAAUGGCACUGACAUAGCUUCCCUGGUGUCUGUGAGUAUCCAAGUUCAAGAUGUUAAUGACAACCAACCUGUGUUUGAAGCUAACCCCUACAAGGCCUUUCUGGUGGAGAACAUGCCCGCGGGAACCACCGUCAUUCAAGUCACUGCCAACGACCCCGACACUGAAACCAACGGAGAGGUGACAUACAGGCUGGAACCCGAAACUGACGAUGUCAGCGAGGUGUUCACCAUCGACAGCGAGAGCGGGUGGAUCACCUCCUUGAAAGAAACUGACUGCGAGUCGAGGGGGCUCUACAGGUUCUAUGUGGUUGCCACAGACCAUGGUGGGAAGGUGAAGCUGUCCUCCUCAGCUCUGGUGGAAGUUACCAUCACUGACGAGAAUGAUAACCCUCCGCAGUUUACCGAAGACGUCUACAAAGGAGCUGUGGUUGAAAACAGCCAGCCUGGUCAAGUCAUUACUGCACUGAGCACGAGGGAUGCAGAUGUGUCAGAGGACAACAGGCAGACCACAUGUUACAUUACAGAUGGAGACCCCCUGGGGCAGUUCUCAGUUGAGCAGGUGGAUGGAGAGUGGAGGGUGACUCUGCAAGGGGAGAUUGACAGAGAAGAGAAGGAGAAGUAUCUCUUGAGUGUCACGGCCACCGAUGGCAGGUUUCAGGUGAUGACCUCGGUGGAGAUUCAUGUCCUGGACAUCAACGACAACAGCCCUCUCUGCCAGCAGGUGCUGUACACAGAGACAGUCUCUGAAGAUGCACCAGCAGGGUUCUUCAUCCUAAAAGUGUCUGCCAAGGACCCUGAUCAUGGCACCAACGGGAAGGUUACCUACACUCUUCACGGGCCCAGAGCGGACAAGUUUCGUAUCGAUACCCAGACAGGAGGGCUGUAUACACUGGCCGGCUUGGAUCGUGAGCAGGAAAUGGAAUAUGACCUGGUUGUGAAGGCGACAGAUGGUGGCGGUCGGUCCUGCCAGACAGAUAUUCUUUUGGCCAUCAAAGAUGUGAAUGACAACCCCCCAAAAUUCUCUAGCAAUCACUAUGUGGUCACUGUUUUUGACAACACAACAGUGAAAACACCCAUUGCUGUUGUCCAUGCUAAAGACCCAGAUUCUGGUAUAAACUCGGAGGUGAUGUAUUCCCUCAUAGACUCUGCUGGAGACUACUUCUCGGUUGAUGAAUUCUCUGGGAUCCUUCGGCUGGAGAAGACCCUGUCUGAUGAACCCCAGUCCACCUUUGAGCUGAAGGUGAAAGCCAAUGACCUGGGCCUGCCCCGUUACCUGUCCUCCCUUGCCACGGUGACUGUGAAUGUAGUGGACUUGAGUGACUACCUCCCGGUGUUCCUGCACAGUGAAUACACCACAGCCAUCCCAGAAGGGUCUGCCCUGGGUACAGAGGUGCUGAGUGUCUCUGCGCUGUCCCGGGACAGAGCGCAGAACAUGGCAAUCCUUUACGACAUCAUCUCUGGGAACGAGCACGGCAAAUUCUCCAUCAAUUCCAAAACUGGUCUCUUGUCUGUGAAUGGGACUCUGGACUUUGAACAAUGUAACGAGUACUAUCUGUCAGUGGAGGGUGUGAGAGGGGGGUCGUCCUCUCUCAGUGACAUCACAAUGGUGAUCAUUAACAUCACUGAUGUCAAUGACAACCUGCCCCGAUUCAGCCACGCAGUCUACAGCACUGAGGUGGCUGAGGACACUUCUCUGGGAGGCGUUGUCAUUGUGGUUUCAGCUGUCGACCUCGAUGGGCCACUCAACAAUCAGAUCCUCUAUUCCAUCGAGAGUGGGGACCCGCAGCAGCACUUCAGAAUUGACCCAGAGAGUGGAGAGAUCAGGCUUGCGCGACACCUUGACAGAGAGGAGCUGUCCAGCUUCACUCUGAAGGUGCGAGCCAAAGAUAACGGAACACCCCCUCAGUUCAGCAUCGCCACGGUGACUGUGAAGGUUUUGGAUGUUAAUGACAAUCCACCAGUCUUCUUCCAGCUCAACUACAGCCUUCUCAUCCAGGAGGGAUCCCCCGUGGGCAGCAGUGUGCUGAGGCUCAUGGUGACUGAUAGAGACACUCCCCCAAAUGGUCCCCCCUUCUCCUUUCGCAUCACUGCUGGGGACAGUGGGAAGGAGUUCGAGAUUGACAGCGAGGGGCUCCUGAAGAGCGUGGCGAUCCUGAGGAGGAGAACGAAGGAGGAGUACCUGCUGCAGGUGCAGGUGACAGAUAGUGGCUAUCCCCCUCUGUCCUCCUCCACUUUCAUAAAGAUUAGAAUCAUUGAGCAGAGCCAGUACCCGCCUUCUGCUGUACCCCUGGAAAUCUUCAUCACCGCUGCCAACGAAGUCUUUUCAGGCAGAGUCCUCGGGAAAAUCCAUGCCACUGACCAAGACCUCCAUGAUGUGCUCUCGUACAAACUGCUUUCAGAAUCGCCACCCAGCCACAGUUUCACAGUCAGCUCUGCGGACGGCAAGAUCAUCGCCAAAGACAUCCUGGAACCAGGCCAGUACACCCUGAAUGUGAGCGUGACGGACGGGAAGUUCACAACCCCAGCCACAGUUCACAUCUCCGUGUGGGGCGCCACGCAGCAGGCGCUGGACCAGGGCAUCACGCUGAAGCUUAGGGGGAUGACGGCGGAGGAGUUUAUCGCAGAUCACUGGCGGAACCUGCAGAGGUACCUGGGAAAUACCCUGGGGAUCCAGAAACAAGGCGUGCACAUCGCUAGCCUGCAGCAGGAGCCAAACUCAUUGGUCCUGGAUGUGCUUCUGGUGCUGAAGCAGUGGGACAGUCCUGCGGCCAAAGCCAACCUCCUGACCUCAAUGCUCCCAAGCUCAUUCCAGGAGAUCGAGGAUUUGCUCGGCAUGCAGAUCACAAAGGUGAAGCACAGUUUAUGCAACGGGCCAUUCUGCCCACCGGCAGGCUGUAAAUCCAUGGUUCGGAUGAAUGCAGAGAGCGUCUCUACCUACGCCACAGCAAGGAUAAGCUUCAUCACCCCUCAGCAUGUCUGGGAAGUGGUUUGUUCUUGUAAUGAGUCGGCUAUCAGAUUCUCCGGUAACAGCUAUCUCCAGUACAGGUACCUGAACACAUUGAAAAACAACCACCUCAGGCUGUCCCUGCGUCUAAAAACACAGCAGCUGCAGGGCAUGGUCAUGGCCACCAACGGGACUGACACGGGGGCACUGGAGGUUAUCAACGGUGAGCUCAAGUUUGAAUACAGCUGUGGGAGAACCCCCCCUAAAACUCUGGGGGUGCGGAAUGUGACUGUGUCCGACGGGCGCUGGCAUCGGGUUCUCCUGGAGGUGAACGGGACGGUCCUGAGACUGAGCCUCAACAAGAUCCAUUCCACCUCGAUCACUCUGGCAGCACCCUGUCGACUGCUCCAGUCCCAGGGCUCGCUGGUGUUUGGGGGGCUUGUUCAGGCACCCCCUGCUGACAGAAGCCUGCAGGUUCAGGUCCAGAGGGGGUUCAGGGGCUGCCUCGACGCACUCGAGCUCAAUGGAGAAACCAUAAAGAGCACAGAGAAAGCAGGGGUGCAAAUGCCUGGAGAGAGAAAGGUCUCAGGGAUCUAUCAUUGCUGCUCCCAGUCAGAAAGCUGCACCAGUGACCCAUGCCAGAAUGGAGGGACAUGCCAGGAUACUCCUACUGGAGAGUUCCUGUGUAGCUGCGCUCCACAAUACUUUGGCUCUCGUUGUGAGAUAGCAGACAACCCAUGCCUGUCUAAUCCCUGCUUGCAUGGAAGGCAGUGUGUGCCAAGUAGCAAAGGUUACCUCUGCAACUGUCCGCAGCCAGACACUAGAAACAGGUGUGAGGAUUAUGUUGACGCGUGCCACUCAAGACCCUGCCCCAGCGGCUUUGAUUGCAAGACCUCUAACACCACCUACCACUGCACCGAAACAUUGCAAAUAGAAAUAUCGAGUGACAGUCAGUUUGGGGUGAGGGAGAUUAUCGAGAUCUUCGCUGUCACCCUGGGAGUACUCAUCCUCGUUGGCGUGUUUGUUUUCUCACGCAAACGUUACCUCCGGCAGAAAAAGCACAAACCUAUCAACAUGCAUGACCCUGACGGCUUAUUCCAGCCCAAUGUAGCCAAGAGCAUGGACUGGAAUGACCGGGAUCUUCCCCCCAUUGAAAUGAAUGCAAUGCCUGAGCCCCGGAACGACCUUGACCAGGAAACCGCCUUGACUCUGAAAGCCCGUGGGCAGCCUGACUUCACUCUAGGAGGGGGACAGACCCAGAAGCAACGGGGCACAGUAGUGUGCAGCGUGGCUCCGAACCUUCCGCCCCGGCCGCCCUCCAGCUCUGACAACGAAUCCGUCCUGAAAAACAACUGGGAACUGGACUACGAUGUAUAUCCCGGGGACAUAGACUGCUAUUGCCCUCCUGUCAUCAGGGAGUAUGAGAUUGUGGAGGAGCCCUACCCUCCGCCACCCCCUGUCGAUCCUCACCGGGUUGUUCAGUUUGCUGGCUUCCCCUUCCCCUUGGAGCACUACGACAGACGGGCGCCUCUGCCUCCCCGUUACAGCAACCAGAACCUGGACGACUUCCUGGGGCCCAACGGGCUCUCCCUGUCGGCCCCACACUGCCCCAACGAGUACACUGCCAUCAGCUACUACCCCACCGAGCACUCCGAGGGGCUUGACAACCUAGCCGAGACAGGUUAUCGUAGACUCAGCAUGCGUCUCAGCGUGGCACAGCCCUCCUACGCAGACUGUGGCACCUCCCCACAGAACGUGGCCCACAUGCGCACACCGCGCAGCUACGACGGCUCAGACAUGGUGGAGAGCGACUACGGCAGCUGUGAGGAGGUCAUGUUUUAACCCGCACAUUCCUUAGGUAAACCAGACUCCUGGUUAAAGAUUGUAUUAAAUAAACAGAAGCACUGAAGGCACAUGGCACUGAAGUCUAAGAGACAAGUUCUUCCUCAUCUUCUGAAGGCUCAGCCACACAGCUGGUAGCUCUGUGGUUCGAAGGGACACACUGUUUCAUUCACAAGCAAGCAAGGAGCCCCCCUGACAGAGAUUUAUCCUACAAACUCAUUGCCCUGAAACAGUGAUAGAGGCACCAACAGGACUCCUAAUCAUGAUAACUUUCUUAUAUAAUCCAUCCUGCAGAAGAAAAAAGUUUUUAAGAACUAUAUGUUGGCUAUAUGUCUGCUGCCUGUUUUAUAUUUCAGUAUCGUUGUUUUAUCUAAAUGAGUACGAUAGCUUAGAUAACAGUUUCUGAUUUGUAUCAGCAGCCCUGAGAUGGUCUGUUCCGUCCUUUAUCUGCACUAUAUCAGUGUUCUAAAGAGCUGCACACUAUCAUCCAUUGCUUUCUAUCAAUCUGAGUCAAAGUGGUAUACAGGUUGGAGCUGAAACUUUGUCAUUCACCUGUGAAUGAUAGAUUUGUGGUAUGCUUAAAGGCAGUAAGAAAGGACUGUCUGCAUUGUAGUUCCUAUAUGCUGUCAGGUUUUCUUCCCCAUGGUAUGAACAUGGCAGGCCAUGGCAUAGUAAAAUGACAUGUUUGUAAAAUGUGCCACUUUGCAUUGUCUUUACAUGUUUUUUUGUACUGUUGUUCUGGAUUAAGGGUGUGUGUAUGCACUGAUCUUAUUUGCUUGUUUUUUGUAGUUAAGAAAUAAUUUGAUGUAAAAAGAAACUAAAACACAUGUUGACUUUUAUAAACAGAUCCCUUUUAGUGCUUAAGCAUUUACCCAAAAGAUGUGAAUAUUUUGUUCGGAAUAUCAAUACAUACUUGAUCAGAAACUCAUUUUAAGAUAGGUUGCUGUGGUCGCUCCUUCGUUACUUCACGAUUCCAUUAUCUGCUAAUUUUAUUUUGAUUAUGUCAUUUGAAACAGAUUCUAUUCCCGUCAAAUGUUUGUUUACAAAAUCGUAAAACGUGUAUCUGUUUUUUUUUGUUUGUUUGUUUGUUUAAUGCAAUGCAUUUUGAACGUGAAAUAUUUGACAUUGUCCAGUUUGAAUACAAAAACUGUUUAAAGUCAUUUUGAAUGAAAGGUUUAUUAACAUCAAAAUUUGAAAGGCUCGUGGCCACAUAUUCUUAGAAGUUAGUGUGUGUUUCUAGAAGCUUGGUAGUUUUUAGCAACAGUGGACUCCCAAAAAGAUUUAUGCUCAAACAGCAAAACAGAAGAUUUCAAAAAUUGGAGCCCAUUGAAAAACUUAACCCGCGUUAAGAUUUAAGAAUAUGACUUCUGAGCUCCUAACAUGACAUAUUUUCUGUAUUUUUAUUGAAUGUUUCACUAUAACUAAAUAGAACUUGCGAUGUCUGCUGCUUGAUGCUUGGAAGUCGUGAGGUCAUGAUGUCAAAGUGAAUCAAUUAAAGCACUGAAUGUACCUCAGUGGGGUAAAAUAAGCAUGUUUCCUUUUACCUUGUAUUUCUAACCAUGGUAUUCUAACCACGCAUGGCUGCUUGCCAGUAACUACCACGGAUACAGUAUACAGAGAAAAGCAUUGCAGAUUUCGAUCGGGCGCUUUUGUGGCAAGCCAGAUUUUUUUUUUUUUUUU